AUGAAGAGAGCAGGUGGAUUUGAAGGAUUUCAGACGGAGGAGCAAUGGCAGGGGUGGGGACAGGAAGAGUCCAGCUUCAGUCAGGAGGGAGGAAGGAGAGAUCUCGUCGGCAAGAUGGCGCCUCCCAUGAACGUUCCGAGAGAUGCCUUGGUGAUGGCACAGAUCCUGAAGGAUAUGGGAAUUACGGAGUACGAACCAAGGGUUAUAAAUCAAAUGUUGCAAUUUGCUUUCCGAUAUGUGACAUCAAUCCUGGAUGAUGCAAAAAUUUAUUCAAGCCAUGCUAAGAAACCUAAUGUUGAUACAGAUGAUGUGAGACUGGCAAUCCAGUGUCAGGCUGACCAAUCUUUUACCUCUCCUUCCCCGAGAGAUUUUUUACUGGAUAUUGCAAGGCAGAAAAAUCAAACCCCUUUACCAAUAAUUAAGCCAUAUGCAGGACCCAGACUGCCACCUGACAGAUACUGCUUAACAGCUCCAAACUACAGGCUAAAGUCCUUAAUUAAAAAGGGACCUAACCAAGGAAGACUAGUUCCACGGUUAAGUGUUGGUGCUGUUAGUAGCAGACCUACCACUCCUACUAUAGCAACCCCACAAACAGUGUCUGUCCCAAAUAAAGUUGCAGCUCCAGUAUUAGUGACAAGCCAAAGAUUUACAGUGCAGAUUCCACCUUCUCAGUCCACACCUGUCAAACCAGUUCCUGCAACAACUGCAGUUCAAAAUGUUCUGCUUAAUUCUUCAGUGAUUGGGCCCCAAAAUAUUCUUAUUACCACCAACAUGGUUUCAUCACAGAACACAGCCAAUGAAUCAAACCCAUUGAAGAGAAAACAUGAAGAUGAUGAUGACAGUGGUACUGUGUAAGGAAUAUAGUGUAGUCUCUAUGCAUUUCAAAUGUGUAGUUGGUUUUGAGCCCAGUAUACUGAACUAGAACAUUCUUGAUCAAAAACUUAAAUGUAGCUGCAAUAUCUUUCACCUUAGUUUAAACUGUUAAGA